UUGGCGCGAAGCGUAAUUGCAUUUAUCGGAUGUAUGCACGAGAAGUAAACGCGAAAAUUGUGUAGUGAAAGUGCAUUGUCCUGUACCCUGCCCGCGCGCACACAUCCACAAAAUACAAGAGAGGAAUGUAAAGGAAACGUGCUUGCAUUUUAUGUGAAUACAUACGUACAUAUCUAUGUAAACUUUGAAGAAUUACCAAAAUGUCUACCACAACUACUGUUGCCGCUGAGCUGACGAGCAGAUUGGCCACUACAACUGUCGCCUCCUUACCAGCUGGGCGUAGUUUUACAUUCGGUACCGCGGAUUAUAUUGUCUUCGUUUGCAUGUUGGCUGCCUCAGCCGCAGUGGGUGUAUAUUUCGGAUUCUUUUCAAAGUCCAAAAACACCACCGACGAGUACCUGAUGGGCGGCAAGCGGAUGAAAACUAUACCGAUUGCUAUAUCCUUAAUCGCGAGUCAAUUAUCAGCUUUUUCCAUAACAUCAGUUCCAGCCGAAAGUUAUGCAUUUGGAGUCAAUCAGAUUUUCUUUAUUAUUUCCAUGUUUGUGGUAAUUCCAGUGAUCUGCUACGUCAUUACGCCAGUGUUCUACGAAAACAAUAUCUCCAACUGCUAUGAGUAUUUGGAAAAACGGUACAACAAACUCACUUGCCAACUCGUCACGUGUACAUUUAUUUUAAAUGCUUUUCUACUGCUGCCCGUUAUCAUUUUCAUUCCUGCAAUGGCUUUUGCACAAGUGACUGGCAUAAAUAUUCACAUAGUCAAUGCAGUUGUAUGCUCAAUUUGUGUUUUCUACACGAUGCUGGGUGGCAUCAAAGCUGUUGUAUGGACUGAUGUGCUGCAAGGUGGCAUCAUGCUUUCGUCUGUGGUGUUGGUGGGCAUUUUGGGUACUUUUAAGACAGGAGGUCUGGGUAAAGUUUUUGAAUAUGCGUCAGAUGGUGGGCGUAUGGACUUAAAUUUCUCUCUGGAUCCACGCACGCGCAUCACAUUCUGGAAUUCCUUUAUUUGUGGCGCUAUGAUGUGGGUGGGCCAUAUUGGUCUAAAUCAAAGUUGUGUUCAACGAAUCGUUUCUUUGCCUUCCUUGAAGCAUGCCCAAAGAGCUCUUUGGUUAACCGGCAUUGGCUUUAUUGUUGUGAUGACUUUAAAUUGUUUCAUCGGCAUUGUGAUGUACGCUUACUAUCAUAGUUGUGAUCCAAUCAAAGCAGGUUUAGUCAACAAACUGGAUAGAAUGAUGCCAUUCUUUGUGCAAGAUAUUAUGGGCCACCUGUUGGGUAUGCCUGGCCUUUUCAUUUCCUGUGUCUUCAGCGCUGCGCUCAGCUCGAUGUCUGCCAUGUUGAAUUCUUUAGCUGGUGUUGUGUAUUUCGAUUAUAUUAAACCGCGCAUCAAGAAGUACCACACGGAGGAGCGCGCCAAUUUCACAAUGAAGGUCAUUAUUGUGGCAAUGGGCUGCUAUUGUGUAGCUGGUGGCGUGGUAGUGGAGCGUUUCGAUUCAAUGUUGCAACUCGUAAUUACGAUUACCGGUAUCAAUACCGGCUCUGUAGUAGGUGUUUUCCUACUGGGUAUGCUAGUGCCCCGCACCAAUGGCAAGGUAGCCGCUGCUUCGAUUAUUUUCAGUAUUUUGGGAAUGUUUUGGAUCAUUAUGAAUGGUCAAGUGCGUGCUAAGGAGGGUGCCAUACAUUAUGCGCCAUUACCCACAAGCAUUGAAGGAUGUGCGUCGCAAAAUCUACAGGUGGUGGUGAAAUCAAUCUAUACCACGAAUAACAUCGAUGUACAAAAGUUCGCUCAACACACCGAGAUGCCAAAGGUUACCACAGCUUUCGGCAGCAAUCGCGAAUUCUCCAUUUAUGAGAUAUCCUUCUAUUGGUACAAAGUUAUUGGAGUUCUACUCGUUUGGAUAUUGGCCAUUCCUCUUAGCUACAUUUGGCGCCGUGAUGAAGAGGAAAAACUUAAUCCCCAUCUUUACGCGCCCUUUGUACAACGCCUUUUAAAAGGACGCACGCCGCUAGAAAUGGAAGAGUUCCCGUUGAAAACACCAAUUCCAAUGGAAGAGAAGGAAAAUAAUGAUGGAACAACCAUUUCAAUGCCAGAGAAAUAGGCAAAUGAAGGACUUGUGGAUAGGAUAUUUAAAAAUAAAAUAACUAGAAAAUUUUAAGAAAUAUUAGGCAAAUAUCGAAUUUCAGUAUUAAUAAAAUAAUUUCAUUCAACGCAGAGACGACCUUCUCUUUCCGCUUCCACGACCAUUUAAGCCACAUUUAGCAACAGAUUCAAGAGAACGCACUAAUAGAGCAGUAAUCCUUAAAAAAGUAGUAUUUGAUGUGUUCAGCACACCGGCCUAGGAUGUGUUUUGCAAUGUUCCUACAGCAACAACAAGCUUAUGGCUAGCUAGUUGUGCAGGGACAAGCAUUGAUGCAAUAUAAUUCAUAUACCCAAAUGGUCAUGGCAGCGUAUCUCCUUUGUCUAUCGCAUUCCUUGUACCGCUCGGAAAAAUGUAAAACUAUUUGAACAUUUUUCUUGAAAUUUCUCUUUUUUACAAAUGAAAUCACUGCUGCGUUGUGAAUUAAAAAGAUCCGUUAUAUAACUCUGAUAUUUUAACUAAAAAAGUGAAAAAUAUUAAAUGUAACGUAAGUAGCGAGUUAGAUAGUUCAUUCAAUAACUAAUAAUUAAUUUGAGUUUCUUUCAAAGAUGGGUCUUGCGCAGCAUUGCAUAAUUGCAAAAAAAAAUCGUACAAAUUUAUCGCUGAGUCACUUGGAUGGUUAAUAUUAGUACGUGAGUGGUUUUUACAAAAUAUUUUUUUAAAGUUAGGGAUGGGCAAGGCCUAAACUCCAAUGGAAACCUUUGGGGAGAUUUAAAAAAAAAAGAAUCGGGAAGGAAACAUUCAAAAAUAAGAAGGAUUUAUAGCAAAAACGCCAAAGAACUAUGGUAUUGCACUUCCACAGAAGCCUGCCGUAGGAUUAUCAAUUCUAUGCCACAUCGAAUACAAAAUGUCGUUGAUAGUCAUGGCGGAUGCAGUGCUUAUUGAUUAAACUUUGUUAAUUUAAACUGUUUUUUUAAUAAAAUCACUAAGUUAUUUUGUAUCGCAUCUACUUCUAUUUCAAGCCUAUUUUAAUGAUCACAUGAAUAUUUUAUUUUUGUUCCCAUUGUCACGCGUUUAAGU